AUUAAAAAACUGAGAUCAAACAUGCCAAAUAACAACUAUUGUAUCUGAAUUAUCAGCAUAUUGAAUUGUUGUUCUAAUGUAAGUCACAGUUCGCCACGUCCAAUUUUAAUUGUUGAACAAAAAAUGAUGGAAUGGUGACUCGCAUCAUGACAAUGGAUAGUGUGAAUGGUAAUAAGAUUGGCUCUGAAGAAAAAGAAAAACAUUGGUCCCAAAUUCUUGCAUUAUUGAUAGGAUCACUGGGAGUCAUCACAAAUGGUCUUCUAUUCUCCUGGUCUUCCCCCUUCAUCCCGAAACUCACCAAAGACAAAGAGAACUACGACAUAACCGAAGACGAGGCCUCCUAUUUCGGCACCCUCCAACCGUUGGCAACCCUGAUAACUAGCGGCAUCUUCUCCUACACGAGUGAUGUAAUCGGAAGGAGAAAGACUCUCCUGAUGAUAGCCGUACCGCAUGUAUGCUGCUGGAUACUUACCGCCUCAGCAAAAAGCGUCUAUGUCUUCUACGUGGCUAGGAUAUUGGCAGGCAUAGCAGAUGCAGCUGUCUACGGCUCUUUCCCCAUGUACAUUGGAGAAAUAGCCUCUCCCGAAGUGAGAGGCACUUGGGGCAACUGCUUGGCAUCAGCCAUGUUUCUAGGAGAAUUCCUCAUCAAUGUUAUCGGCGCUUACUUUGGAGUGAAAGCAACUGCAUACAUCUGCCUACCGCUGCCUGUGAUCUUCGCAGUGAUGUUCUAUUUCAUGCCGGAUUCCCCUUACUUCUGUAUCAUGAAGGGGAGAUACGAAGAGGCUAAAGAGUCGCUGCGUUUCUUCAAAAGGAAGAAGAACGUGGAAGUGGAUUUCGUUCGUCUGAAAGCUGACGUGGACAGACAGAUGUCUGAGAAGGGAACUUGGCUGGACAUGGUGAAGAUUGAUAGUAAUAGGAGAGCGCUGAUCGCUGCUGCGUUCCUAAGGAUUUCCCAGCAAAUAGGGGGGCUUUCGGUGUUUUACAUGUACACCCAAUUGAUAUUCGAGAAGUCUGGGGGGGAUGUUGCCCCGGAGGUAUCUUCUAUGUUGUACAUGGGGCUGUGCUUUGGACUGAAUCUCUUCGUGGUAACCUUCCUGAUGAGUAGGAUUCGCAGGAGGACUUCUUUUAUAAUUUCGUUGAGUCCUUGUGCUGUGGUGCUGUAUGGGAUGGCGAUUUAUUUUUAUCUGGAGCAGUACGUUCCUGAGGUAGAUGUGACUUCUUUUAGUUGGCUGCCGCUCACAGGGAUGAUUCUCUAUCAGAUAUUUAGUUCGUUCGGUAUUACGAUCAUUCCGACUUUGAUGUUGGGUGAGCUUUUUUCUGCGAGCAUCAAAUCGAAAGCUAUGACCGUACUGGUGAUGGUAUUCAGUGUUUCUAGUUUUAUGGCGAACAUGCUGUUUUACGCACUUUUGUCGCGUUUCGGGAUAUACGCUCCGUUCUUGUUUUUUGCUGUUAGUAAUACUGUGUCGGCGGUGUUAUCGAUUUAUUUGAUACCAGAAACGAAGGGAAAGACUCUGGAAGAGAUACAGCAGAUGUUGAAAAAUAAAGGAAACAAGAAAUAAUGUGUUGGUUUUUGUAAUUUGUAUUUGUAAUUUUUUUGUAAUUUUGUAACCUUUUUUGGGCAACGAAAUGCAAACUUUGUUUCCACCGAACAACCAAACAUACGCUAAUGCUAUCAGAUUCCAUUCAGAGACAAGCUAUUCGACUGGAUAGUGAUGCCAUACUUGAAUGAGGAAAAUUGGAAACCUUUAAUUUUUCGAUAUACAGGGUGUUUUAUGAUAAUUUUCUAUAAACAUAGGUGGCAGAUGGCUCCAUUCACCUUGAAGUUGUGGAUUCAAAAUGAGUGGAAAAAAGUUUUCAUUCAAUUGCUAUAAAUAACCGCUCAUUUUAUAUAUUUGCAACUCAAUUUCCGCAUAUAUGUACAGGGUGUCCCAAAUCGAUACGAAAUAUACGAUGAAAAAUAGGAAGAAAAAUGAGCUUGAUAUGAAGAUGAUAUUUCUUGAUAUUUCCGAAACGCCACGUGAUGAAAAGAUGCAAUUUUUUACAAGAACUAAACUUUCCAUGCCCAAUGCUGUGAAAAUAAUAGAAUUCCGGAAUUUCAGUCAGGAGUGUAUAAUACAGGGUGGGACUACAUUAAAUAUUACUAAAAAUUUUUCGACAAUUUAAUGGAAAAAAAAUGCACAGAAAUUGAGAAAAAAUAUAUUUAUCAUCAUUUUCCAAUUUUUCGCGCUUUCAUGAGAUUGUUUGGUGGAAAGGAAGUAGUUGAUUUUCUUAUAUAGUCACUAUGAUUUCAAAUUGGCAACGUUAUGUAUAAGAUGUGAGUGUUUCAAUAUUUUUUAAUCGAUUUCACUCGAAAAUGAUAUAUCUGAUCGAUGCGGAACAAUAACAUCCUUUUUUAUGAAACGGUGUGGAUUUUCAUUUUCCGAGAUGAAAAUGUCGAACAAUAUGCACACAGAAUAGUUUGAGCAAUAUUCAAUGUAGUCUCACCCUAUAAUGUAACUUUAGGCAUCAUGGGAAGUUGAGUUCUUUAAGCAAAUUGCAUCAUUUUAUCACGUGUCGUUUCGGAAAUAUUCAAUAAAUAUCAUCUUCAGGGGCCCCUUUUCAGGGGGCCGUAGCUUCCUCAGGAGACAUUUCUCGACUCAUGUUUUCUUCCUAUUUUUGGUCAUAGAAGCCGCUGGUGAAGUUUGGCAGGCUAAUUUCCGGACACCCUGUAUAUCUCGCAAGCGAAGAAAUCUACGACAUGAAUAUUAUUUUUAUAGGAGAAUUUUUCAUUUUCCAAACUCAAUAGUCGUUUAGAAUUUUGACUAUUCGUUAUCACAGGAAUCUGUAUUGUCUCAAAUACCUAUACAGAGAAGUACAAAAAAGCGCAACUGGUGUAACUUCUGAAUCAUUCGAGAUUACAUUCUGAAAUUUGUUGGGUAGCAAGUAUACCAAAUUACUCAUUUAUUGACAAACAUUAUCUGUUGAGGUUCAACAUUUUUUUAUUGUUUCAUAUUUAUUAUGUUACUUCUUCGAAGUUACCUCUGCAUCAGAGCAGUCAGUUUCGUCGAUUUUUCAAUGUUUCUAUAGAAAUAAAUCAAUUAAUCACUGUCUGUCGAAUGAAAUAGAUAUGUCAUAAAAAAAAUCUAAUUUUAUAUCAUCAUAUAAUUGUAUAGUUGUAUAUUCACCUGAAUUAAACCAGAAUAUACAUAA